CCCACAGGCCUCCCGGCACACUCCAAAGGGCAGGAUGGCUUCUCCUCGCCCCGCACCAUCGACCGGAGCCUCUCCCCUCCUUCGGGCCUCGACUCCCCCAGCGGCAGCACCUCGCUCUCCCCAGACCGGCCGAGCAGCGGGGAGCUGGUGAAUUCCGCCACCCUCCGAGAGCUCCAGUCCCUGCGCUACCUCGAAGGCCUCCAGCGCUCCUUCCAGUUCUUCCUGCCCCUGAACUCCGGGGGCACCCUGCACCUGCCCUCCUCGGCUUUCCUGAGCCCCCCCAAGGAGAAGCGCCUCUCCCCCGACCUGCCCCUGCAGAAGCAGCUGGUGUGCCGGUGGUCCAAGUGCAACCAGCUCUUCGACCUGCUGCAAGACCUUGUGGAUCACGUCAACGACUUCCACGUCAAGCCCGAGAAGGAGGCCGGUUACUGCUGCCACUGGGAAGGCUGCGCGCGCCACGGCCGGGGCUUCAAUGCCAGGUACAAGAUGCUGAUCCACAUCCGGACGCACACCAACGAGAAGCCGCACCGCUGCCCCACCUGCAACAAGAGCUUCUCCCGGCUGGAAAACCUCAAGAUCCACAACCGCUCCCACACAGGUGAGAAGCCCUACGUCUGCCCCUACGAAGGCUGCAACAAGCGCUACUCCAACUCGAGCGACCGCUUCAAGCACACGCGCACCCACUACGUGGACAAGCCCUAUUUCUGCAAGAUGCCCGGCUGCCACAAGCGCUACACGGACCCCAGCUCCCUGCGCAAGCACAUCAAGGCCCACGGCCACUUCAUCUCCCAGGAGCAGCAGGAGCUGCUCAAGGGCCGCCCCCCCACCGCCCCCGCCCUGCCCUACGUCAGCGGGGCCCAGCUGGUCAUCCCCAACCCCGGUGCCCUCUUCGGCGGAGCCCACGGCCUGCCCCUGACGCCCGCCCCGCUGGACCUCAGCGCCUUCGCCUGCGGCGGGAUCGGGGCCGCCGCUCUGCCCGGGCCCCUGAUGGCGCCCCUCAACCUGGCCAAGAGCCCCCUCCUCGCCGCCCCUUUUGCCGCCAGCGGCCUGGGACUGCCCGUGGUGUCUCUGCUCGCCGGGGCUUCCGCCAAGGCCGCUGCCGAGAGAGUCCCCCUGGGCUGCGGCUCCCGGCCGGUCAAGGGCAGCUGCCCGCCGGGCCCCCAGAGCUGCAAGGAGGCCGCUGAGCGGGCCAGGCGCCGGUCCCCUCCGGAGGGCCUCUCCCUGCUGCCGGGGGGCGUCUUGGACCUGUCGGUGGGUAUGAACUCUGGGGGGAGCGCCGACGCCCUGCCGCCGGGCUGGGUGGUCAUCCCCACGGGCCCCGUUCUACUGAAGCAAGCGGUGGUGAACUGACACCCCCCAGGCGGGAGCAACUUUGGGCUGCCCGGGGCGGACUGUUGGGCGGAGAGGGCCCCGUUCGGACGCAGGAUGGUGCUGGAGGGGAGGGAGGAGGCCCCACGGCUCUUCUUCUUCUUCUUCUGCGGAGCGUCUCUGUGCCUUGAGGCUUCUGAGGAAGAAGGUGGUCCUUGGCUCCCUCCGCACCUGGUUUCUCUCUCUCUCUCUCACUCACGAAGGAAGAGCCCGACUCUUCUGAGAAAAGCAAUAAGGCCACGGCCAGGAGACUCGGCCCCCGCCUCGAUUGACCGACUCCCCUCUC